UUUAAAAUAAAAAGAUAAAAAUAAUAAUAAUAAAUUAAAAAUUGAAAUAAUAAUUUAUUCUAUAUUUUAUCAAUUUAAUUUGGUGUAAUUAAUAAUACAAAGAAAUUAUUAAAUGCUCUUAGUCUCAUGCACUUCUUCCAGUUAUAUAAAACCCACUUUUCUUGUUUUAAGGAAAAUUAAUUUUUUUAGAGCAAAUUAUUAUAUUAACAAAGCAAACGUGAAAGCACGCAGAAGUAGGUUUGAUUAAUUUUUUAGCCGUUAAACUCUUCUUCAAAACCGAAUUUCCCGCUGUACAAAGAAACAUCUGCCUCUGUUCUAAAACAAAGAAUCAAUCAAUAGAGGGAAUUAGAGAACAGAAAGGAGAACAAAAACAUCAUCUUCAUCAACCACCACUCUCCUCUUCUUCCUCUGUUUUCCAAAACUUCCUCUGUUUUUUCCUUUUUCUUCCUGUUUUCUGUUCCCACAUUUUUCUCCAUCUUCAUCAGCCCCCACUCUAUCUGCCAAUUCAAUCUUUCUGUAAUUUCCGCUAUUGGGUUCGUCAGAUCUCAAGCCUUUAGAUUUUUCGUAUUGCAUUAAUCGAAGAGGUGAUAUGUUUUGUUGCGGAGGUACAGAAGAGGAACUCGACGGUCCCCCUGCUAAUCAAUAUACAGCCCCACCUAAAGGAGGGAACACGUAUGCUGGUGGCGGCGAGAGAGGAGAGCCAAGGAGUGCUAAUACUGCCAAAAGUGGAGCUCCACAAAAGGUCUUACCCAUCGAAAUUCCAACUAUGUCAUUGGAUGAGUUAAACAGAUUAACCGAUAACUUUGGUACCAAGGCAUUGAUUGGAGAAGGUUCUUAUGGACGAGUUUUCUAUGCCAAGUUAAAUGAUGGUGCAGAGGCUGCAAUAAAGAUGCUAGAUACCAGCACUUCACAGGAACCAGAUUCUGAUUUUUCAGCACAGUUAUCAGUAGUUUCAAGGCUUAAGCAUGAUCACUUUGUGGAGUUAAUGGGAUAUUGUUUGGAGCAAAAUAAUAGAAUCUUGGUUUAUCAGUUUGCUACGAUGGGUUCUUUACACAACGUAUUACAUGGAAGGAAAGGUGUACAAGGGGCUGAACCAGGUCCUGUACUUAGCUGGAACCAAAGAGUUAAAAUUGCUUUUGGUGCAGCGAAAGGCCUCGAGUAUCUGCACGAAAAAGUUCAGCCUCCUGUAGUUCAUCGCGAUGUCAGAUCAAGCAAUGUCCUUCUUUUUGAUGAUUUCACAUCCAAAAUUGCCGAUUUCAACUUGUCAAGUGCCUCUUCUGAUACUGCAGCUCGGCUACAUUCAACUAGAGUCUUGGGAACAUUUGGUUACCACGCUCCAGAGUAUGCCAUGACAGGACAGAUAACUCAGAAAAGUGAUGUAUACAGUUUUGGAGUUGUACUUCUAGAGCUUUUGACAGGAAGAAAGCCAGUAGACCAUACAAUGCCUAAGGGACAACAGAGUCUUGUUACCUGGGCAACUCCAAGAUUGAGUGAGGAUAAAGUGAAACAAUGUGUGGAUCCCAAACUAAAUAAUGACUACCCACCAAAGGCAAUUGCCAAGUUGGCAGCAGUUGCAGCACUUUGUGUCCAGUACGAGGCAGAUUUCAGGCCAAACAUGACAAUUGUUGUGAAGGCUUUGCAGCCACUUCUCAACUCAAAACCAGCAGGGCCAGAGUCUCAAGCAUAAAAUUCCAAACUGGCCUCAGAAAUUAGAAGGAAUUUUAGACUCCUGUAAUUCGUUUUAGUCCCCAGUUUUUCAUCCUUAUGAUAUUGUCAAGGCUACAGAUUAUUCAGGGAGGGAUUAUAAUCUUUAUCUGAUUCUGAUGCGCUACUCUGGAAUUACAUUGUUAGUGUGCUCCUUAGAUUGUAUUUUAGUUGUUUUGCAAACAGGAAAUGCCAGAACUGCAGUGCUUCCAUUUGUUCUUGUCCCUGACCAUG